GAAUCACUGAGCGCUCACUCAACAGUUGUGUCUGCUGAACGCGGCCAUUAGCUACAUUCAGAAAAUAACAGUUGAGUAAUUCGCUAAUAUAAUUGGUCUAAAUUUAGAGAUCUAACCGUAAGGACCAAUAAUCACUGAUCACAGAUCACUUAUUAGUGAUUGUGUUUUCUGAACGUAACCAUUGAAUUCUAAAAAGUUUCGUGAAAAGAUCAAAUUGAGAAAAUAAACUGAGAGAUGCUAUGAGAGAAAGAAGGAGAUAUGUAAGAAUGAAUGUUACUUAUGUGUGCACAUUCACAUUUAUAAAUGAAUGAAAAAAAAUUUAACUGUCAAAGGCAAAUCAAGCAGUCGAUUUCGGUUCUAUUAACCAUUAUCGAUAAAUUUCUGCAUUUAUGGUAGGUUUUUAGGAAAAUCAAAGUACUAGUUUUUUUUUAACAGACAUCAUACUAAUCAAAAGCAGAAACAUUGUACAUUGUUUAAAUAUUUGUGAUAAGUAUGCACCUGGCAACAUUCUUAGUGCUGUUUAUCUGCGUGGGAGCAAGAAACGUCAAUGUGAAUCCAUUGAAAACAAUAAUCUGGGGCCCAGGAUUGAAACCAACAGAAGUUACCAUGCGUGCAAGAUAUUUCUUCUUACAACUCGUCGAUUCACAGGGAAGAAAUUUGACAAAAUCUCCAGGUGAAAAUAUAGUCACUGGACAAAUAUAUGGACAAUCUCUCAAUGGUGCAUCAUGUCGCGUGUGGUCCCAAAUCUUUGACUGUAAAGAUGGUAGUUUUAUAAUACGUUACAAAGUUUUUAAUACCUGUUUCGAUGUUAAGAUUAAAGUGAAAAUCAAAGGAAAAGAAUUACCACUACCACAUUCAGAGAUCAAAGGUCCUGUUUAUGAGGAAGAAUGUUACUGUCCAAAUCCAUCAAUCACUAACUGGCUAAAUCACUAUCAAUGUCAACAAAAUUACACUCAAAUAUAUCGUGAUCUCUCUCCGUUUUCAAAUAUUGACUUCGAUAAAGUACGUCAAACCAUUAUCAAAAGAUAUGACCGACCAACCAGCAUCAGUCUUUGUCAUUACGUUUUGAAAUCUAACAGAGUUUAUAGGCAAUGUUACGGCCAGUACGUUGGCUUCAAAAUAUUUAUGGAUGCUAUACUGUUGUCACUCGCGCGCAAAGUAACACUGCCGGAUAUUGAAUUCUUCGCAAAUUUGGGUGACUGGCCGCUUGUUCCCGAUUCGGGUCCUCUCUAUCCUAUUUUUUCAUGGUGUGGAUCUGAAAAUACGAAAGAUAUUGUUAUGCCUACAUACGAUAUCACAGAAUCGUCUCUGGAAGCGAUGGGAAGGGUAAUGUUAGACACACUCUCCGUACAAGGUAAUGGACUACCAUGGGAGAACAAGACUGAACAAUUGUUUUGGCGUGGACGCGACGCUAGAAGGGAACGCCUUGAUUUGAUAGAUAUUUCAAGAAAGCAUCCAGAGCUUUUCAAUGUCUCCAUCACUAAUUUCUUUUUCUUUAGGGAUGAGAUAGAUAAAUAUGGGCCUGCACAAAAUUACGUAUCAUUUUUUAAUUUUUUUAAGUACAAAUAUAUGUUGAAUAUUGAUGGCACAGUAGCAGCUUAUCGAUUUCCAUAUUUACUUGCUGGAGAUUCUUUGGUAUUUAAGCAAGAAUCAAAGUAUUAUGAAUUUUUUUACAAAGAACUAACACCUGGGUUACAUUAUGUGCCUGUAAAAAGCGAUCUGUCGGACCUUGUUGAAAAAAUCAUAUGGGCGAAGGAGCAUGAUGAGGAUGGAUUGAGAAUUGUUAAAUCUGCCAGACAAUUUACCAGGGAUAAUUUAUUACCACGUGAUAUAUUAUGUUACUAUACAGUUUUGUUUCAUGUACGAGAAAAAGUCCUAUUUUAUAUUUUUCUUGGGUAUAUAUUCUUUUCAAAUAAUACAAUUUUUAUAUUUCAGGAAUGGAGUAAACGCUUAAAGAGUGAAGUUGAAGUACUGAAUAACAUGGAAGAAGUACCACAACCUAGUCAUUCUUGUCAGUGUCAUUUUAGAAAUUCAAAUCUUCGAGAUGAAUUGUAGUUUUUAACAUCUUCUCUAUGAAAUCUAUUUAUAUAAUGAAGAUUCAACAGAUUAGCAUUUUCCAUUCAAGUAUCGUCUGUCACGCAUGCAUGAAAAUGCACAUCAACUUACUAAGAUUUUGUAUCUAAUCGCUAGUAUCCGAAUGAAAAGAAACAUGAGCUCAAGCUUGAAAAACAAAUAUUUGUCUAAUAUUUAAUAAAUCUUCUCUUUUACAAUA